GUUGUUUACUCAGUAGCUAAGCGACUCCUGAACUGAGCAGUCUGGAUACCCGUGGAGUGACCUCUGUGUCAAGUUUAAUGAAUUUUGAAAUGUGCUUACUACGAGAUACUCCUUGAAAAGCUUUAGUAGAAGGAUCAGUUUACCACAAAACAAGCAAUGGCCAAACAGCAACAAUUCUUAAGCAGCGCAAUUGUCGAAGCAUCAACGAAAUCAGGGUCUGUCGCCGAGGAUAUGCUCCCAUGCUAAAGGCUAAAGCAUGCUUCGGUACUGCGAUUUGCUGUGUUUACAAAGGACCAGGAACUGACGAGGCCUUCGUGCUCUAACAUGAGGUUCUCCGGAACGCUCUGCAAGUGUGGUUUGACAGCCUUCAUAAGUCCUUCAUGGAGGAAUUUGAUUUGUUCACUGGAGUAUUUAAGGGUAGCACAUAUCUUGGGAGUUGAAGGCUUAUGUAAAGAGAUGAACCUUUACGAAGAAAUGGUUCCUGUAAGAUACUUUGAUAAGUGACCCAGCGACAAUAAGUCACUGAGGUUGAGGUCUGAAUGUGAAUACGAUAUAAUGCCCUCUGCGUCUUCGGGAAGGAGGACAAAAUCGACCAAGGGAUACCUCUAAUGUAUAGGCGGAAUCGUCUGCACUGAUCUUUGAUAUGCAAGACCAGCCAAUUAGGUCUCAUCAGGACUCCUUAGUGCUCUAGACUCCAUGUGUGAAAGGGAGGGGGCUCUUUAGCUUAUGAAAAACGAAGAACAAUGGAGAGCUAGAUGAUCAUUACAAGGUGAUGACAUCUGCGCUGGUCUGCUCACUGAUCAUAGGCUGCAAGAGACAUUAAACUAGUGAAAACAUUAGUGCGUCCCUUAAUGUGUUGAUUUCUUAUUCAUUGGAGGAGCAAAUGAGAUACCAGACCCUAAGCUAUUAUCCAUCCACUGUAUGACAGAAAUCAUUUGACCAUGACAGAUGAAUAUCGCAUCGUAAAUGACCCGAAAAUGUUGGGCUUCCCUCACCGCAUCGCAGGAAAACCCCUCUUGGUGUGAAAGAGUUUCUACCUUUGCUUCCGCCAUUGGAGAAACUUGAAAGAUAUGGAAGAACUGACGGUGACCAAGGACGGGACUAAGAGCAAUGGAAAAUACGAAUAUUACUGCGACUACCCUUACGAAACUCCUGCCGGCUACCAGUAUUAUGAUUACUCUCCUCCUGCCACGGUGCCAUUCAAGCUCGACCUCGAGCCCCAAGGGUCACACUCGUACUACCGUCCGAGAGACGUUGACCUCAGGUCCAAAGGAAUGAAGGCCGAACUUACUAUCGGGGGUAUGCACAGUCGGAGGGGGAGUGGUGAUGGUGGUGGCGGUGAUGGGUUGAGGGUCUUCGACAAUGGAGGAGGCAGAAGAGACGUGGACGAUGGUUUUGGCAUGGAAACCAGGGGCUCAAUGAGCAGAGGAGAGCGAUUAAACAGAGAAACCGGGGCUGCCCGAAGAGCCCUGGCGGUUCCAGCGGAAGGUCUGGAAAGGAGAGAGAUCUUGGAGAACACCGAGACCGACACUGGCCAGAAAAGAAUCUGCUCGAUGUUCAUCUUGAUCCUCGUCCUGAUCGUCGUCAUCUUUGUCAUCGUCGCUGCGCUUGUCCUUUACUUCAACUAUGCGGCUGAUGAAGUCAAAGCUAGAGGCUCGGAGAGACUCGUGUCAAGGAAUCUUUUGCCCUUAUGGUGAGUGUUAUCAGGGACAGUGCCAAUGCCCCGAGGAGUGCCCGAGCAACCGCGCCGUUUGUGGCACUGACGGAACGACCUACGCCUCGGAGUGCCAUCUUCAACGCAGGGCUUGUGCGUCAGGAGCUAACACUUCCUUCCUUCAUUUUGGCUCUUGUCAAAUAUCAACGGAACCCUGCGAAGACCUUCAGUGCCGCCCGGGAGAGGUGUGCAUAGUGAGUAGCUCAGGAGAACCCAAGUGCCAGUGCCGAUCUCAUUGCCCGCAGGACGACGAGCAUCGCCCCGUCUGCGGCUCUGACGGCUCCGAUUACCAGAGCCAGUGCGAGCUGUCCAGGGCUGCCUGCGCCGUCAAGAAGCAGAUCGAAGUUCGCUACGUGGGGAUGUGCGAUCCAUGUGGCCAUGUGGUUUGUGCAACAGGGCAGGUGUGCAUUGUGGACGAUGCAAGAGUACCGAGAUGCCAAUGCAACUCCUCUUGUUCGACCACCCUCUCUCCUGUAUGUGCCAGUGACGGGAGAACCUACAGUAACGAAUGUGUUAUGAACUUCGAGGCUUGUAGCCGUCGACAGAUCUUAGCUGUGAUGUACAGAGGGGAGUGCUCGUCAGGGGUGAAUCCAUGUGGGGCCGUGCGGUGUGGCACGGGCCAGGGGUGUGUCGUUAAUCAGUACGGCGUUGCGACGUGCCAGUGCCGUCAGUGGUGUCCCCCAAUCCUGAGGCCGGUUUGCGGCACGGAUGGCACUACGUACGACAGCAAGUGCCACUUGCACAGGGAAUCCUGCCUCUCCCAGAGCUCCGUCAAAAUUGCAUUCGUUGGAUCCUGCGGAUCCGGAGGCCCCUGUGAGGGCUAUAAGUGCGAAGCGGGGGGCAUAUGCGUCGAAAAGUACGGCCAGGCUGAAUGCGAGUGUCCAAAAUGCGGAGGCGAAUACGAGCCUGUCUGCGGCAGCGACAGGAGGACAUACCACAGCAGGUGUCUUCUGGAGAAGAACAACUGCCUGGAGAGAGAGAGCGCCCAGCUUCUCCAUGAAGGACCCUGCGAUGCAUGUAAAGGCAUCGACUGUGGGGAAUUUGGAAUGUGCGAAGUCGACAGAGAGGGAUUUGGACGUUGCUCUUGUCACACAAACUGCUCUCAAGCUUUAGGAGGGCAGGUUUGCGGCAGUGAUGGGGAGACUUAUGCGUCCGAGUGUCAUCUUCAUAUGAAAGCGUGCUCGAGCCAAAAUCAAAUAAAGGUCUCCCAUAAAGGAAACUGUGACCUUUGUUUAGACGUCCAUUGUAAAUACGGCGCUCGAUGUGAAGGAGGGCGGUGCAUCUGUCCAACAGACUGCCCAGAGAAGAGGGAACCUGUCUGCGGAUCUGACCGCGUCACUUACAGCAAUGAAUGUGUCAUGAGGAAGGUAGCUUGUGAGAAAAAUGAGGACGUGAGCUAUCUCUUCUUUGGAGAAUGCGAUGAGAUCGGGGGCAUUGUAACAGACGUCAUCUACCCAACACCUCUGCCUCCCACGAAUCCGGAGGAUCCGUGCCACGCCCACAAGUGCAUAGCCGGGGCCAAGUGCGUCUCGGAGCAAGACGGGCACUCACGCUGCGUCUGUGAUUUCUACUGCAGCCCGCCGCCCCGCUACGAGCCAGUCUGUGGCAGCGACCUCGAGUUCUACGAGUCGGAAUGCCUUAUGAGACUGCACGCGUGCAAUAUCCAGGUGGAGCUCUUCGUCGUCCCCGUGGAGGACUGUGCAGUGGCACAGCGAUCUAGAGCCUGCAACGGGACCUCGCCGUUGAUCAAUCCUUCGACGGGCGAAGACCUAUUCUGCGGGGAAGGGGGUACGAUCUGUCCGCCAGGGACCUACUGUCACAAGAACCACGACUUCGCAAAGUGCUGUCGAGAUAACUCCGUGAGGAUAGCUGUCAUUGAGGCGCCCGUACCAGACGACUGCGAACAGAGUGAAUUUGGAUGCUGUGCUGAUGGCAUCAACUUCGCCCGGGGACCAGACAGCGAAGGAUGCCCAGAGGGCUGUCGGUGCCACAGACUGGGAGCUUUAAGUGAAUCCUGCGAGGCAGUCAGUGGAAGGUGCGAAUGCCGGCCAGGUGUGGGAGGCAAUAAUUGCGACAGGUGUCUUCCGGGAUAUUACGGUCUCCAUCGGAUUUCGGAAGGAUCCAUCGGCUGCACGCCUUGCGGGUGUUCAAGGUUCGGCUCAUUACGUAGUGACUGCAAGCAGAUGACAGGGGAGUGCGUAUGCAAGCCGGGCGUCUCUGGUCACAGAUGCACGGAAUGCCCCCCGGGCAAAGUCUUGAGACCUGAGGGCUGUGUUUAUGACGACUCGUUGGUGCCUCAGGCGACGACGUGCGAUCUUCUUCAUUGCCAUUUCGGUGGGAUUUGCCAAGAAGAGUCUGGCAUUGCUUCGUGCACCUGUAUCAGUCAUUGUCUUCCCGUCCGGAUGAGCGGUGGCCUAGCAGUAUGUGGGUCGAACAGGGUGACCUACUCUUCGGAGUGCGAACUCAACCACCAAGCCUGCGUCCAGCAAGCAGACAUCGUUGUGGUUGCCUUCGGAUCUUGUUCAGAGUCAUGGACAGACGCCCCCGUCCGCCGUUCAACAGCAGAGGAUGGGUGGGGAACAGCGGAGUGGGCGUGGGUGGCCAGGGGCCAUACAGAGCACCACGCCCUCGCCACCCGGAGGCACCUAGACACCGCCCACUUCACUCGAGCUCACCCAAUCCACCUCGUCCAUUUCAUCAACACGAUCAUCGAAUCACCACCCACUGGAGUCACGCCCAUCACGCCCCUCGAUUCGGAAGAGGAAAACCUGGUCUCGCCGCCAAGACCCACCUGGCUUUACGCCGUGCCAGCCUUCUCGGGUCACUCUUAUCUACAGAUGAUGCCCUGGUCGGUCCCUUCGAAAGUGCAGCUGGAAAUAGAGUUCGCUGCUCAUCAGCUGGACGGCGUUCUCUUGUACGUCCAGCAGAGCGUCGAGGGAGACGGCGAUUUUCUCGCGCUCGUCCUUGACAAAGGAUUCUUGGAGCUACGUAUCGAUCUUGGCAAUGGCCCUGUCAUCAUCCGAUCAACCGCUCAAAUUAUACCGUUCAUGAAGACUUUGGUCAGCAUAAGAACUUACAACAGAGAUGCAUUGCUUCAAAUUGGUGUGGGCGAGAGCUUCUCAGGGCGUUCUUCGGGCAUGCACCGUGCCCUCGACAUCCAUGCCCCUCUGUACGUGGGUGGAGUACCCUCCUUUACGCCCAAAAUCAUGGAAAAUGUCGGUGUCAGUAGGGGUUUCUCCGGGUGUGUUUACUCGCUGAAAGUGGGCCAAAGGGACCUCGACCUGGUUUGGGGAAGGUCUGGAAGCGUAAGCCACGGAUAUAACGUCACCGAUUGCAGACCGUCACCCUGUGCUGGAAGACCUUGCAAGAACGGAGGCACUUGCCAUGCAUCUCAGCAUGCUACGUCAUAUGUCUGCAGCUGUCCGAAAACGCAUACAGGCGUAAGAUGUGAAAUUUCCGUAAAUGAAGGUUGCAAGAAGUUGAAGUGCCCCCCUAGAACGACCUGCCAGACGCUCUUGGCUUCCAGCACACUGCACUGCGUUCCAGACAGUCCUCUGGACACCUACGAGCUGGAAGAAUCCUGGCCAAUCGCAGACCUGACUGGUGAUGGAUACCUGUCUCUGCCGCGGUCUGAAGGUGUGUCCGAGGGCUUGACGUUAGAGCUGUGGUUUUUGGCAAGAGCACCUCAUGGUAUGCUCUUAUAUGGUGGGCAGGGACCCACCCACAAGGGGGACUUCAUCAGCCUAAAUUUAGCAGCGGGAUUUGUACAGUUUCGCUUUGAUGUUGGACCCGGAGUAGUUAACUUGACAUCCAAAAGAGAAAUAAGAGAGGGUGAGUGGCAUCGCGUCGUAGCUACCUGGGAAGGAGGCCGGGCUUCUCUUCAGCUGGACAAGGAUGCCCCUGUUACCUGUGAGGCUCCGGGACCACCAAACACCCUCACUCUGAAUACUCCCGUGUACCUCGGGGGUUUCAAGCUCUGGUAUAUGGUUAACCGAGACUCGGGCAUCUUAGUCGGGCUUGACGGCGCUUUGCAGCGCCUUCUAGUCAACGGCGUCGUUUACGACCGCCUGCUGGAAGCGGCAACUGAACAGAGGGGCGUCUCCAGAUACCACGGUCCGCCAUGUCUUCCGAACCCCUGCUUCAACGCGGCCAUCUGUGUGCCUCUGCUGAACGAUUUCUUCUGCAAAUGUUCCUUCAUGUUUGUCGGUCGCUUGUGCGAUCAAGCCUUAAUGAAUAUCGAUUUGGAUCAACCAAUACACUUUGAUGGCUCAACGUCUGUGUUGUACCCUGGACAGUUUCUUUUAAGUUUCAACAAGAGCGAAAUGUUCGUUCCAUGGAGUCAUCCAGAUUACGACUACCUCAACUACGACGAAGUGGAACACCAGUUGUUAGACCAAGUAGCGGAUGAGAACGAUUUGGAUUUUAAAAAAGAGAGGGUUCAAGGAAGAACCCACGAUAUCAUCGAGAUCAGCUUCCGAGCCGAAGAUGUGAAUGGGCUGCUCGUCUGGGUCAGCCAUGGCAAGGGCAGUGGUCGCGGAAGGGCUGACUACUUGGCCUUAGCCUUGGUUGGAGGAUUACCCCAGCUCGCCCUCAAUCUGGGCCGUUCCAGAAAACCUUUCGUCCUGACUUCCACGACUGGAGUCAACGAUGGCUCAUGGCACGUGGUGAGAGUCACCAGGAGGUGGAGAAGAGUCCUCCUCAAGGUGGACAAUCAUCGGCCAGUUCGAGGUCGAGCUCUGAGAGGUCCAUCCACUUUGCAUACGGAUGGUAAUCUGUGGAUAGGAGGCCAAAGGACGCUACCGUCUCAUCUAGGGCCUGCCUUCCACACUGGGUUCCGCGGCUGCGUCGACCGCCUGUUGGUGGACGGCCGGGAGCUUCAUCUGGUCCAUCACGCAGCGUCCCGCCAUCUUCAGUUUUGUCAUACUUUUACCUAACACUGCAUAGUAACCUAAUUCAAGGUGGCAGCACGCGGGCAUUUCUCCUGGCUCGUCUGAAAAGCGUCUUGCGUCUUGCGUCAAGCGUUCAAAGUUUUGGCGCCACAGUUGAAGUCGUUAGUGCAGAGUCUUCGUUCUUGCGUGACUUCGACUACUAGCUAUGCUUCGAGGAUAGUGGCAGCUUGGAAGCAAGGCGCUCAUGAAAGACCCCCGAAGACGCGCCCGUUUGGCGCCGCCUUAAUUAAGUUUUACUCGGCGAAGAGCCGGAGUGAGACCAUCCAUAGACCUUCUAACCAAAAAAACAAAAAAACAAAAAAUUGACUUGCCCAUCAUCCAUCAUUUUGUAAUAAAGCCUGAUUACUUGUUAGAAAAUAGAGAUAUAUUAUAUUGUAUUUGGAUAUCAUAUGAGAUUGUGGCUUCAUUCAUUUCUCGUUCGUUUCCGUUGACUUUCUUUCAGAUGCAUCAUGUUUCUACCAAUAUGUUGUGUAAAGAAAAUCA